UCACGCGGGGCAAACAGCUGCUCUGGAAGGCACGCGAGACUUCCGUGAUGGCUAACGUGAACUAGCUUCGCUGUGACAGUGACACCGGUCGAGGUAAAUUCACCUCCAGCUGCAAACGUCCCUCCGGUAUCCUCACCCGGUACGAGAGAGAGGCUGUGACCCGAACCCCCCGCCCGCAGAGAGAGCUGCUGCCCGCCGGCCUGACGCGCCCUCACUGCCCGCCGCUGUCGUCCUUUAAUCGGCCAGCCCCGCUGUGGAUCUUUAGCCUCCUCCGGCAGGACAGUGGCAGAGCCAGAGCCAGAGCCAUCGGGGACCAGACCAGCAGGCAGCAGGGCUCCAUGAGCACGACGGGGCAGCAGCAGCAGCAGCAGCAGCAGGGGGGGGGCCUGCGUUCUCGCCGAGGUCUUGGCCGGGACAAAGACCCUGGGCAGGGCGUGGGCAUGGAGGCGGCCUGCUGGCUGGCGCCCGGAGUGCUGCGCAGGCUGAUCGAGCUGCCCUCACCCCCCCUGUCACGACACCAGCUCAAAAGACUGGAGGAGCACAGGUAUAGCAGUGCUGGACGCUCCCUGCUGGAGCCUCUGAUGCAGCGUUACUGGGAAUGGUUGGUGGGACGAGUCCCUGCCUGGAUCGCCCCCAACCUCAUCACCAUCAUCGGCCUGGCCACCAACGUCUUCACCACUCUCGUGCUCGUCUACUACUGCCCGACUGCCACCGAACAGGCUCCUCUCUGGGCGUACCUGCUCUGUGCUGUGGGUCUCUUCAUCUACCAGUCAUUGGAUGCCAUCGACGGGAAGCAGGCCAGACGCACCAAUAGCAGCUCUCCGCUCGGCGAGCUGUUCGACCACGGCUGUGACUCCCUCUCCACCGUGUUUGUGGUGUUGGGAACCAGUAUAGCGGUGCAGAUGGGUACCAACCCGGACUGGAUGUUCUUCUGCUGCUUCGCUGGGAUGUUCAUGUUCUACUGUGCCCACUGGCAAACAUACGUGUCAGGAACGCUGCGCUUCGGCAUCAUUGAUGUGACUGAGGUGCAAAUCUUCAUAAUAAUCAUGUAUUUGCUGGCCGCCGUGGGAGGAUCUGCUUUUUGGCAGUCACUGAUUCCGAUCCUAAACAUCCAGAUGAAAAUGGUUCCCGCCAUCUGCACUUUUUUAGGAGCCAUCUUCUCCUGCACCAAUUACUUCAGAGUUAUCUUCACCGGAGGUGUGGGCAAAAACGGAUCGACGAUAGCAGGAACCAGCGUCCUCUCUCCUGUCUUGCAUAUUGGUUCAGUUAUAAUUUUGGCGAUGAUGAUAUACAAGAAGUCUGCUGUCCAGCUAUUCGAGAAACAUCCGUGUCUUUAUAUCCUGGCGUUUGGCUUCGUGUCGGCCAAAAUCACCAAUAAAUUAGUCGUAGCACAUAUGACAAAAAGUGAGAUGCAUCUCCACGAUUUAGCCUUCCUGGGACCAGGACUACUGUUCCUGGAUCAGUAUUUCAAUAGUUUUAUUGACGAGUACCUGGUGCUGUGGAUUGCGUUGAUCAUUUCCUUUUUUGACUUGGUGCGUUACUGUGUCAGUGUUUGCAACCAGAUUGCCUGCCAUCUUCACAUUUUCGUUUUCAAAAUCAAGCCUUGUUCAGUGCUCAGUUCAGCUCCUCACUGAGGACACGCCGGCCAUUACUGACUGACUCUGUCCCUUCCUGUCUAGUCGCACUCAUCUUUUCUUCCCUCUGUUUUCCACGUAGAGAUGCAGGGGAUGACACGGUGUAGUAUGUGCUUCUGCCAACUGAAUGUGUGGACAAAUAAUAUAUAUUAAGAUACUGGAGUAUUACUGUCAUUGUUUUCUUUUUCACCAGUGCAGAAUUGAAUUUGUACCAGUUUCAUCUUCUUCUGCCCCAUUAAUAAUUCUCCUUGUGACAAACUCAUUGUUACACAGAGCAAAUAUUUCAGGAGAGUACAGGUGCUACUCGACACGUUCAAGGAGAGAAACUUAAGUGUGUUUUAACUGUUCUCGUGCAAAGAAAAUGUAUAGGAAAUGAAUCAAACUCUUUGCUUUUCAUGAUUAUAAUUUUUGUAAUAUUUGCAUAACCUUUUUGCUAUUGUAAAUACCAAACUGUUACGGUGUCUGUGCUUCUCUUUUAAGUUAAAAUAAUCCUGCAUUUAUAAACUCUUCAUGUAUAUGAUUUUAAGACAACUUUAUCACCUGCAUGACACAAAACUGUGCAUCUGUUUCACGUCAGCAAAGUGUGUUUUUGGAGGAAACUUAAAUGUCGACUUAGUUAUAUUUUCUUUCACAUUGUUCUCGUGCAAAAUGUUCCGUUUAAACCACUCGCUCAAAGCUGCACGUGGGUGUUUUUUUGGGGCGCUUCACGUCUGGGUUUGGAUUUUCUAUGUAUUUAUUGUCAUGUUGCUAAUAUAUUCAUCAUAAAGUUUAUAGUUUGGUUAAUGCUUCAUGGAUUUAGGCUUCCUCUACACUUUAUUCUUUUUUUAUAUUGUAAAUAGAGAAGGACGCGUCCUGCACGACAUGAAAACCUGAACUCAAAGGUCAAAAAGGACAAAAAUAAACUUUAGAUUUUGCAGGUGAUUUGAACAAACUCCAGAUUCGUGUAGUGUUGUGGAGACAUCUGUCCGUCUUUCCUCUGGCUGUUUUAAAUCACUCCGCCCACCAUCACUCAGCUUUCUAUCACUUCCCGUCCCGCAUCUCCACGUGGUAUUUUUUUUUAUUCUAUAUGUUUUUAUUUUGAUCUACAAAUCCAAAGAAAGGACCAAAAACCAACAAUGUGUUAGCUCGUCUCUCAGUAUCUUACGUCUCCUCAAACUCAUUGGUUUUUACAGUAGAUGUAAAUCUUUAAAAACAGCGAACAAAGACAUUUCUACAAAAAUAUAAGUGCAUUUUUUUUACAAACAAAUGGACACUAGUGUUCAGGGAACGUCACUCCAAUAGGAGGAUAUGAAGAUGUUGUUAGGGACUGUCUUCAGUGGCAGAUUAAUCCACAUUUUGUCCGUUAUGUGGCUCAUUUAUGUGUUUUUAAUUUAAGUUUUUUGACACAGAGGAAUCAGGGUUUGGAGUUGUUAGAUCAGUUUAUUGUUGUUUUUGGUCCUUUAUUUGGAUUUAUUGGACUACCUGCCGCCUUUAUGUUUUUUUUUUUUUACAUGAACGUCACACUCCUUCCUGUGUUCAGCUACUUUUUUAAAUAACAGAACCCGGUUGACAUUGUGUUUUCCCCCAAAAACACACCUGCUGAAGCCGAGCAGGUGUACCUGGACUGAAUGUGUAGGAGGAAAUGUGUCACAGUUUUUAAGAUGGCAACUUAAGAGAAACAGAUCAAACUUCUUUUUUUUUUUUUUGUUUUGUUCCUGUCA